CUUAACAAGAUGGAACGCUGGAAAGGCAGAGUGGCUCUGGUGACCGGGGCUUCAGUGGGAAUUGGUGCGGCCAUUGCCCGGGCUCUAGUCCAGCAUGGUAUGAAGGUAGUAGCCUGUGCUAGGAAUGUGGAUAAAAUAGAGAAACUGGAGGCUGAGUGCCAGAGUGCUGGUUAUGCUGGAACACUGUUCCCUUACAAAUGUGACCUUUCCAUUGAAGAGGAGAUUCUUUCCAUGUUUUCUGCCAUCAAGACCCUUCACCAAGGAGUGGACGUAUGCAUCAAUAAUGCUGGCCUUGCCCAUGCAGAGCCACUUCUUUCAGGCAAAACAAAGAGCUGGAGGAAUAUGAUAGAUGUGAACAUUUUGGCUCUUUCAAUUUGUACCAGGGAGGCCUAUCAGUCUAUGAAGGAGCGGAAUGUUGAUGAUGGUCACAUUAUAAAUAUUAAUAGCAUGUCUGGCCAUAGAGUGGUGCCUCAGUCCUAUCUACACUUCUACUCAGCAACCAAGUAUGCAGUUACUGCACUGACAGAGGGCCUCCGGCAGGAACUAAGAGAAGUCAAUAACCACAUAAGAGCUACAGCUAUAUCUCCAGGUUUGGUGGAAACAGAAUUUGCUUUUCGACUGUACAAAAAUGAUCCAGAAAAAGCAGCGGCUACAUAUGAAAAUCUCAGGUGUUUAAAGGCUGAAGAUAUAGCUGCUGCUGUUAUUUAUGUACUCGGUGCCCCUCCAUAUGUACAGAUUGGUGACAUCCAGUUGAGGCCAACAGAGCAGAUAUCCUAG